UACAGACAGACAGUACAGACUUCAGGAUUAAAAAUAUAUGACAAUUAAUUUUAUUCACCGUACCGUCUUCUUGGCUUCUGUAAUAAUACAAAAUUACGAUUUUUUUAAUGUAGACUUCAUAGAUCACACAAUUUAAGUGAUUGCAUAACAUGGCCGGAUAACCUACUGUUUAAAUAUGAAUUAUUCAAAUAUUAGUGUUGUUAUGAAUGGGUGUAUGAAAUUGGACCGUGGUAUAAGACAAACACUUUUAGAUUCAUAUAAUCGAAGUCAUGUUAUAAUAGUAAAAAACGACCGAAGUUUCGUUCCGAAGAUCCAAGUGCGUUCUUUUAGAAAUUCACAUUAUGCAAAUCAAUCCCAUAAGGAUGGCAUAACGGCUCUGCCUUCGCCUCAAGAAGUUACAAUUACUUUGCGUAAAAAUGAAUUCAACAAGGAGUUUACAUAUGGUGCCAUAAAGUCCUAUGACUCUAACCAGUUGGCUUCCAAUGAUCCCAUAGAAGACACAAGAUGCGAGGCGCAAUGUAAAUUAACACCAGGAUUCUUAAUGGGAGUGUUUGAUGGCCAUGGUGGCCCUGCAUGUGCUCAAGUUAUAUCAAAGAGAAUGAUGAAAUAUAUUGCUGCUAGUCUACUGCCAUCCCAUGUUUUAGAAAAUGUGAAGAACCAAGAAGAAACAGAUAAUUUAAUAGAAACAUUUAAUGAUAAGGCGGAUAUAGUGCAGGAUCUAAAGUUCAUAUACGAUAACAGUUUCCGACAUUACCUAUCAGAACUGUCGGAAUUUCACAAACAAGAAUUAGACGUUAAAUCUGCGUUAGAGAAAAGUAUACUUCAAAUGGAUGAUGAUAUAUCAAAAGAAGUUUUAGAACCGUACGCCGCUGAUGGAACGUUAAAUCAUAAGACCUUAUCGGUUGCUUUAUCCGGAGCAGUUGCGUGUAUUGCGUAUAUAGACGGACCUCAUUUGUACGUGGCCAACGUCGGCGACUGCAAUGCUGUUUUAGGCACAAUGACCGAAGAGAACGAAUGGAUUUCAAAGAAGAUUACCAAAGAACAUAACUCGGAAAACUUUGAUGAACUCAAGAGGAUAUGGAGUGAGCACCCGGAGAGCGAAAGGAAAACUGUGAUAAGAAGAGACAGACUUCUAGGCGAACUUGCGCCGUUGCGAAGUUUGGGGGACUUCAGAUACAAAUGGCCGGCAGAAAUCCUAUCAAAAGUUGCCGUGCCUUUGAUCGGGCAAAGAGCAAUACCGGCCAAUUACCACACACCGCCAUAUCUAACUGCCAAACCCGAUAUUUACUAUCACAGACUCACGCCAAAGGACAAGUUUUUAAUAAUCGCCUCAGAUGGCCUUUGGGAUAUGAUGACGCCGCUGCAAUCCGUGAAAUUGGUCGGGGAACACAUGAAGGGCAAAGUUUUCUUCAACCCCCUGAAAUUGCCGAGGAAGAAUAUACAACUGGGCGAUAUAAAUGAAUUGUUAUUGCACAGAAAGGAAAGUCUGAAGAGCAAGCCAAAGGAUAGAAAUGCGGCCACGCACCUCAUACGGCACGCGAUCGGCGGGACAGAAUAUGGCGUGGAUCAUGCUAGACUAGCUCACUUACUCAGUCUGUCCCCCGACGUGAGUAGGAUGUUUAGAGACGAUAUCACGGUAACGGUAAUAUAUUUCGACUCUGAGUACUUAAGACAAUGUCCGGCAUAAUUGUUUAUUGUUGUGAUGUUAAAUUUGGUGCCUUUUUUAUGUUUAUGCUAUUCGAUUUAUAAUUUAAUUCAUGAAUGUUCCUAGUUUCGCGUGUAUUUGUGUAGUUUGCUCGAGGAUGUUUAGUAAAAUCGCGUAUUUAUUAUGUUUGAAUGUUCUGCGUAAUUAUUGAUGAUUUUUAAUUUCCGUUAUGUGAGAUUACAUUGAUCGCUUUAAUAGUUUAUUUCAACUAGCUUUAUUUUAAUUAAAAUUAUUUGAAAAUAAAACAUUGAUACAAAAUAAGUGAUAAUUCGCAUUACUUUAUAUUAUUUAAGAUAUUGUUUUUAAUAUUGGAGAUAUUUUUGAUUUUGUUAUUUAUUUCGUGAAAAUUUUAAUGGAUAAUAAAGGAUUAAUACGUCCAAUCUGUUUCAGUUGAUUGCGUAAUUUAAUUUAUAUUUGAAAUAUUUUAUUAUGUAUCAAUGGAUUCAAGCAAUCACACUACUGUAUAAACACACGUACGUAAUAUAAAUUAAAGCUGGGUUUUAAUUUAGUAGUUUUAGGCUUAUACAAGUGAUUUGAGAGGAUCUUGUAAAGUAAAUUGUGAUUAUUGAUAUGGUACAAAUAUCGUCUUACAUUUUCAUAAGUCUUAGAAGGUGAAGAAAACUUUUUGAGUCUUUUGGGUGGGUCUCCACGGGGACCCAGGGCGACGAAUGAUGAUGCCGUGGUAUAUGUAUGCGUAACACUUUGUUCUGCUUGCCCAUUGACUCAUUUAAUGUAUAGUAGUUUAUUAAUCGUAGUUCAUUCGCUUUCAAAAUAUUUACCCGAAUAAAAUAAAGGCUACUACAUCUUUUUUUAGGUUUUAAUUUUCUUUGCAAAUGAUUCAAGAAGAUUACAUCAAAUUAUGAUUCUAUAAAUUUGAAAUCUUUUUUGUGACUUAUUUAUAGGUAAAAGAUAAUAAUCUUGUUUACAUUAAAUCAUUAUGAGAAUAACAAUAUGUCUAAUAUAAAUAUGAGAAAAUGUUAGAUCAUUGUCCUGAUUCAUCAUUCAUCUUGUACCUGAUUUUCUAACCGGUUCUUCUAGACUCCAAUAUUCUAAAUCUGUGUAAUUAUAAUAAUGCAAUUCUUAGCGCUUAUAGUUAUCAAUAUUCUCAUAUUUAUGUCUCAUCUGUUCUUAAAAAGAAUCACCCAGUACAGGGUUUAUCUGCGUUAUUAUGAUGUUAAGUAAUCAUUCAAAAAUGCAAAUGUAGAAGCAUUUAGCGUUUCUGCACUGUGAAUAAUGCACAAAAAUGUAAAAAAGUGGUGGCAUAAAACGAUACCAUUUUUGUACAUUUAUAUUUGCCAGAAGUUAGCGAUAGUUGUAUACCUUAAAUUUAUAAAGCUAAAACAAUAAUCUAUUAGAAUUUAUUGUAAGAAAGCUGUAAGGUUGUAAGUUAUGAUUGUCAAAGGGGUAGAUAACGAGAACAGGCCGACGAUGGAUCCAUAACUGAUUUUCUUCCGUACCGAUAUAUGUCGUAUUUAUUUAUUUUCGGCGAUUUUAUAGUAGGAGACGACUGACUGGGAUGAGCUACUGAAUUAAGACAAAAUUAUGUUGUCAGCAAAGUGUAGCCAAUCACGCUGUUACAAUGUUAUCCGUAGUUACGUAGGCGGAUUUGAGAUCAACAUGAAAAUUGGUUUUUAUUUACAUUUUCUUUCCGUCAAAAUGUACUUUCGUUUCGUUAAUCUAAUAAAGUAUGUAUUAAUAAUAGCGAUCUUGAUAAAAUGUAUAAACAUAAUUAAAUGUCAAUUCUUUAAUACAAACCGAUAAUAUUUGUAUAUCUUAUAAGUAGAUCUAAUUGUAGGACAUUCCCAUAUGUUACAAUGUCUAUUUAAAUACCUAAAUAUUAACACUAUAUACUAGUAUGUGCGCAGUAAAACAUACAGUCAACUUGAUUUGUAGAAAAGCUGAAAAGUCUAGAAAAUGUCACGGUUGUCAAAACGUAUAGUCAUUUAUGGUCGUUCAGACCUUUUUAAGGCGACAUGACGAUUUACAAUCUCUCACAGCAGAAGUAUGUACCAUUUUUGCGAUGUAAUUGCAUAUAACUUUAGACACUUAUUUUAUAAUAUUAGAUACAAACUUGCACGCGAAAGCCCCUAUAGUGUCCCGAGUUGCUAACAACAUGUAACUCAGGCUUGUUCCCCCACUUGCCCCUCACGAUUGACCUGUCUAUCUUCGUUAAAUGACUAGAAUAUUAGACUGUGAUACGACUGGUGUCAAUCAAUAAUGAUAAUAUUUACUACCUACUGGUGUAUAAGGUUAUGAUCCCAUAAUGUAAUAUUGGGCAAAAAUGUCUCGCUCAAAUAUAGGACUGUAUAAUUAAUAUAGCAUAUAAUCGGAGAAGAUCUAUGUGUACAAGUGUGUUAUUUGAGUAGCUCCAAGAUAUUUCUGGUACGUGAAAUUUAUGUAAAUAUCAAUUUUCUCGAUUUAUAUCAACAUUAAUGUCAACUUUGGUGUCUAUAUACAUUUUUAUCUACGUCCAUAACUUAUAUUAGUCUUGUAUAUUUAGAACGAAUAGCGCAUCUUGAAAACUAUCAAUUAUCACUAGACUGCGAUCCGAAUUUCUAUUCGCAAUCUUCAGAUAUUGUUGAGGGCAUAUUUUGCCCAACAACAUCACGUUUGGAUUGUUUAGAGAUCCCAGUAGUUUAUAAUAUCGAUACUAUAUACGUGUGUAAUUUCUAUAUGUACUUUCUACCUGAGGGUAUGCUAUGAUGGUUCUAAAGCAGGACUAAUUCCAGCGUGUGAAAGUAAUGGCCCUAGACGACCUAUAUAGCUCUGGUUUUUCUCACACUGGAAUUGCACCUGCUCUAAGACGUCAUAGUUACUAACCUGGACGUACGAAAAUUACUAUAAUAACAAUUUUUCUAGAACAUUUUUAUCGUACAAUGUAUAUGUGUGGCCUUUUUUCGGGUCUGAUUGUUUAAGAACUGAUGAUUGUACUACAUCGUAUUUUAUACUAGCGGUACGCCCCGGCUUCGCCCGUGGUUUAUGUAACACUCGGGCAUCAAUUUUUGAAUCUGUCCAGGAGUUCCUGAUAUUAGCGCGUUCAAACAAACAAAUCAACCCUUCAGCUUUAUAUAAUAAGUAUUGAUAAGCAGUUCUGCAUAAAACUUAUUUCCAUUUAAAUAUUCAUAAUAAAUAAUGUGAUAUAGGAAUGGUAUAUAUUUACUUGUAUUAAAACGGAAAGUUUUAAAAUAUUACAUUACAAUGCGAUAUUGUUACUGAAAGGCUUAAAACCAAAUGGAUGUUUGAAAGUUACUUUGUUAAAAAAAAAUUAGUUCUGUUUUUAUUAUACAUAACAAUAACAAUAUAUUUUUUAUAAAUUCUGUAAUUGAUGUGUAAUUCCGUAUCUUUUUCACAAAAUCAGGUAUCAGGUUUUGCUUUGUGUAGGAUACAGUAGAUGUGCAAAUAAAUAUAUUUUUACCCUCUUAUUUAAUUUUGUCUUUGUAGCACUGGAUAUUUAUGAUGUUCUACAAUAGUACUGUAACUUGUGAUGUUUCUAAAGCUACGGAAAGGUUAUUGCCAGAAUGGCAAUACGAGAAGCAGGUAAUUGCCCGACUCGUGUGGGCGAGCGAGCGAGAUGUAAUGUUUUUUACGCGUGAGAGUGAAAGAGAUAAACCCGGCUGUUGGCGUUAAGAAACAUUUAAUAAUGUAUAUCCAGUGUAAGCUUUUGGUACUCUAUUAAUUGUGACCGUUAAAAUUAAACGACUACACAAGAAUUAUUGUAAGCUGAAUCAUCAUGAAAUUCGGUUUAUAUUUAUUUCUUACUGCCUUUACAGUUUGUUCAAAUAAUUAUUGAUUUUUGUCACGUAUAGUCGCAACAAAAUAGACGACAUAUAUCUAUGUUUUAAUCCCAUUUGUAAAUUAAUAAAUGAUUUUACCUACCUCAA